AUCCGUGUAUUACGAUACAUCUAGAUGGCCUGUUGCCCAAGGCGGAUUCGGCGAUAUUUACAAGGGAUGUUACAAGCAGCUAGAUGGCACUGCGAUCGAUGUCGCUGUCAAACGCUUGAAGAUUUAUCUGGAUGGCAGUCGAAACGUUACUACGGUGAGUUUAUUAUGAAUCAAUGUGCUUAUGAAUAACCAUUUCGUUCGGUAUUUACAGAUCUUCAGGCGUGAGAUAAGUGCAUGGAGCAAGCCAAAGCAUCCCAAUGUCCUUCCAUUACUAGGGUAUACGCUCGAGGAAACUGGCGAUCAACUACCUCGGUUGCCGUGCCUGGUAUCCCCGUGAAUGGAGAACGGCAACGUCCUGGAAUUUGUCAAUCGCAACCCAUCUUGUGACGUUCCUACCUUGGUUCUCGGUAUGGCAGACGGUCUUGCAUAUCUUCACGAAGAAGGCAUAAUACACUGCGAUUUCAAAUCAGCAAAUGUCCUCGUCUCACCGGUCGGAGAAGCUGUAAUAAACGACUUUGGAAGUGCGCAUGGGUCUUUCAGCCAGCAAUCGAGUACCUUUUCGGGGACUCGAGGUACUACCAACAAAAGCGACCGAUACCUGGGCAUUUGGGAUGACAUUAUAUGAGCUACUAUCUAGAAACAUGCCAUAUGCUCAUUUGCGCAGAGAGGCACAAGUAAUACCUGCCAUUAUGCAAGGAGAACUUCCGCAUCGACCAGCAUCAUUUAACGAAUGGCCUCAUAGUCGGAAGCUCCUCUGGGAUAUUUGCCAGAGCUGUUGGCAUAAAGAUCCGAAAGCACGACCUACCAUGAAUGACGUUGUCAAGCAAUUGGAAAGCAUAAUUACUUUGCAACCAAUGCUUGAUAGACAGUCCUAA